GGUCAAAAAAAUCAGGGGAGGAGCCGUUGAGAAUUGUCUCCUGAAUCUCGGUAUGUAUAUCAACCGCCUCGGCUUCCCACCAUGGCCCCAACCAGUCGACACAACUCAUCAGACACAGACAUCGUCAGCAGUCCAGCGCAAACACAAUACUGGUCGGCUCUACUAAAAAAUGGGGGCUCAUUUUAUUUGGCAGAAGAUGGCUCUACUGCUGCAAUUUGUGCACAUGCUUCAAUGCCUUCCAGCAGCCACUACAAAGCCCGAGUUGCCAAACUGCGGAUCGCAGACGAGCUCCUUUUCGAUCAAAGUGACCGCUGCAACGACGAAUCAACCUGAUUGUUCAGCAACACAAGCAUCCGACUGUGGAACUCUUGUCAAAUCUACCUUCCCUACCACCCGACCCUUCUCUGUUUGUCAAAAGCGUGGCACCAAAGUCUUCGGCAAAGUUCAACUCUCUGAAUUGUGCAACGCCGAAAAGGGACUGCUUACAUGCGGCUGUCUUUACACCUUUGUCUUUCAGGGUCUCGAAUCAACUGAUUAUUGCAAACCCAGUCGUCUGUUGGACAGGAUCACGACACGACUCACAUUUCCAAAAAAGUCAUUGCAAACUCAGGGUGUCGACAGCACUUGUGGCCUGAAGGUGAAUGAGGGCUUCAGUCUCAGCUGGCCACAGAAGGCCUAGCGUUAUGCUUCACGAAGCAACAGUGGUCAUGGAUAGACUGUCCUUGGCCCUGUAAAUCAUGUAGUCAGCUAUCCAUGCUAGACGUCUAUU